GAUCCGUCCCGUGAUUUGAGCCGGCACAGAAGUGACGUUGAUUGGUUCGGAGUUCCCUGCUUGGGUCAUCGCUCGGAGGGGACAUUCCCCAGCGCCGAGGCCGUUGCCGCCGGGUCUCCAACCUUCCUUCCCCUCCCCGCAGGCGAGACGGGGCUGCUGGUCAUCAAAAUCACCAAGGACACCCCUUUCGAGGGCUACGCGGGCGAUUCCCAGAAGACGGAGAAGAAGAUCUUGAGGGACGUCUUGGUCAAAGGCGACGCCUUCUUCAACAGCGGCGACCUCCUCAUGAUCGACCACGAAGGCUUCGUCUACUUCCAGGACCGAGUGGGAGACACUUUCCGUUGGAAAGGCGAGAACGUGGCCACCACGGAGGUGGAGGCCACUCUUGCCGCAGUGAACUUCAUCCAGGAGGUCAACGUCUACGGGGUGACCGUGCCGGGUGAGUACGAAUCGCACCAAAAUAAGAAUGCGGUGACAUCUCGACUACGUCCAACGUCCCCAAAUGGUCCGAGCGGCCACCGAGAAGCUCAAAAAGAACGGAAAGGACCUACCACCAUCAUCUAA